AUGGCAUCAACACAGUCUGCCAGUAUAAACGAUAUGGGAGAUCCUUUGAGACCGUACGUACCGGUCAAUGAAACUCCAGAAGAAAAACGUAAACGUAUAAAUUUAGAAAAACAAGCAAAAAAACGUAGUGACGCCAUUGAUAAACAGUUAAAAGCCGAAAGGGAAGAAAAGGAUAAACAAAAAACAGCAAAGUUAUUAUUAUUAGGUUCUUCAGAAAGUGGAAAAACGACCGUUCUUAAGCAACUAAAAAUUAUUCAUGGUCAAGGGCUUUCAGACGAACGUCAACGGUACCGCCGUAUAGUUCACCUCAACGUACUUACAGCUAUUAAGGCUCUGGCAAAUGCUCUUACGGCACUUGGAUAUCCUAUUAAACCUGAAAAUAAACAACAUUUAGAUAGAAUUGUCAACCUGUCCACGAUAAAGAAUACGUUGAAUCGAAAUUCUAUCACAGUUCAGGCAGCCAUCAGGGAUCAACAAUUGGACGAUAAUUCACAAGAUUUAUUCAUGGAAAACAUUAACUCUGUUAUAGCUUUAUGGAAUGACCCUGCUAUCAAACAAUGUUAUAAUUCUGCGAGUGAAAUCGGGUUACAAGAUUCUGCAAAAUACUUUUUGGAUAAUGUAGGACGGUUUGGUAAAGAUAACUAUUUACCGACUGAUGAAGACAUUCUUCAAGCUCGCAUACGAACAGUUGGUGUUGCCGAGCACAGAUUUGAAAUAGCUGAUGUAAUAUACAGGAUUUUUGAUGUUGGUGGCCAUCGUUCUCAACGUCACUUUUGGGCUCCUUAUUUUGAUGAUGUUAACGCCAUCAUUUUCAUGGCUGCUAUAUCAGCAUUUGACCAAACACUAGAAGAUUCUGAUAUAAAUCGCAUGGAUGAUUCUAUCCAGUUAUUUGAGGAAAUUUGUAAUAACCCAUUAAUGAUAAACACCCACAUUAUUUUGUUUCUUAAUAAGAUUGAUAUUCUCAAACAUAAACUUGAAGAUGUUAAAGUUAAGGUUAAUGACUAUUUUCCUGAAUAUCAAGGGGAUAACAAAUUUCAAAGUGUUUCAAAAUUCUUUCAACGCAAAUUUUUGUCUCGGAAUAACAAUGAUGAAAAGCAUAUUUAUGUUCAUUUUACGCAUGCUACGGAUACAAAACAGAUGCGCGUUAUCGUGGCUUCGGUAAAUGAUAUUGUUCAAAGGAUGAACCUCAAGGCUUCCGGUCUUAUUUGA